GUAUAAUUACUUUAAUUAUUAUACCUACGUUUUACAUAUUGUAAGUUAUAGGUAGCUCAACAUUCUUUAUUGGCAGUUAAUUCGUUUAUGAAUUUAUUUGCUCCUUGAACGGUUCACUACAUUUUUAUUUAUUGAUGCAUUCGCAUUAGUUAUUAUCAAUUGUUACCACACUAAUAUGUAUUUACAAUGGAAGAAAAUCAAAAAAAAUCAAUACUUGAAAUUUCCAAAAAUACUAUACCUGGAUAUACCAUUGAAAUUGGAAAUACCACUUAUGAAGAUACUUUGGAAGAACGCAUUCAAGCUGCUAGAAAUGCUUCAUUAAGUGCUAAACUAAAACAAAAACAAAACAUAAAAGAAAAAUUAUCUAAUAGUAGGAAUGUAAAAGAUGUAAAUGUUCAGAACUAUAUAGCUGUUAAAAAAUUAAUGAAUAGUGAUCAAGAAUUAAAAAUUAAAAAUAAGCAAUAUGUAUCUAUAAAUAAAACAGAUAUUCAAGAUUCUACUCAUGUUCCUCUUUUAAACGUAGCUAAAAAUAUAAACUCAAAUUUUGAAUCUAAAUGUAACACAAGUUUGUUAAAACCAACGUAUAAAGGAGGUGGUUCAAUGCAACUCCGAUUAGAAGCUAUAAAAGCUAAUAAAAAGAUAUCUAAUAAAAUUCCGUAUGAAUGUAAUAGUACUUUAGAAUCAAAAAAUGUGAGUCUUCAAGAUAUCCCUCUAACAAAAAAUCAUAAUUCUAAAUUAUGUCAUACUAAUAUUUCCAUACGUUAUGAGUAUAGCACUAGAUCAAUUAUACAAAAACAUCCUCUUGAAGAAGCUAAAUAUACUGGACACUGUGAUCGUACUAUAGAUAUUACUAAUACAUCAUGUAAAUCAAUAACUUCUGUACAAAAUAGACUCAUACAUGCAAGAGAAAAAAUGACUGCUAAAUCCAAAGAUCAUUCUGUAGUUAAUGUUUUAAAAUUUGAAAAUAAUAAAAAACCAUCAAAAUGUGAAUUGAAUAAUAUUAACCAAGAUACAAAUACAUUGAGCCGGAACAUUAAAAAUAAAACAAAAAGGUUAAACCAACCUAAUCAAAGUACAAAAAAAAAGAAAUCAGGACUUAUAUCAACUACUAAAAAAAUUAUUUCAAAUAACAAUUCCUCUAUUGAUAAAUGUUUUGAUCAACAGCUAAUGAAUAUACAACAAAAACCAAUUGUACCAAUUGUAAAUAAUACAAUUUCAUCUAAUUCUUCCUCUGUUUCAGAAACAAUAAUAUCACCAAAACAGGAAAAUAUGAUUAAACUGGAAAAUCAACGCUUAUUAAAAAAUUCUAAGUCAGAUGAACUAGACUCUUUUAGUUUUGUUAGACCACAAACUUCUUGUAAUCAACAAAUAUUAGAAAAUAAAAAAAAUACGCAAUUUAAUAAUGAUGAGUAUAUGGAGUGGGAAGAUAUAAUUGAAACAAACGACAUAGUUGAAAAAGUUAAUGACUUGAGAAAAACUAAACAUGAAUAUGAACCUAUGGAAUGGACACCUGAUUCAAUUAUGCACUGUGAUGGAAUUAAUUAUUGUUUAGUGAUUGAUACAAAUAUACUUUUAUCAGAUUUGAAAUCAAUUACUAUUGUUAUAGACAAAUAUUUAGCUGACUAUGGUUAUCCAACAAUUGUAUUACCAUGGCAAGUUCUAAAAGAACUCGAUCGCAUUAAAAACGGCGAUAAUGCACUAGGUUAUCGAGCCCGUGAGGCCUCCCGAUGGUUAUUAGAAAUGUUUUCAAAACGUCAUCCAAGAUUAAAAGGUCAACCUAUGACAAAAAAAUUUAGUAUGAGUUCUGAUGAUGAUAUUUUAAAGUGUGCCAUAACUGUGAAAGAAAGAGUGAAUAUUGUAUAUUUAAUUACUGAUGAUAAAAUUUUAAGCAUAAAAUCAGAAAUUAAUGGAAUAUCAGUUAAAAAUUCAAAUUGGCUCCAAAGUUUAGUUACAAAUACAAAUCAAAAUGAAUCUGGAAUUUUUCAAGAAGCUGUUAAAAGUUAUCCAAUAAUUGAAAACAAAUUAAUUAUGAAACUUGAACCCCAUUUGGAACAUAUUAUAUUGAAGCCUUACUUAAAUUGA